CGCCGCACAAAUUAACUACUUGGUCAACAUUCGCCCAAUAAGAUAGGACCACGUGUUCUCUCCUCUUCAUUUAAAUCAUCCUCUCGUCUUCUUCGCUCCCAUUGUUGUGUCGUCUGUCUCCUCCCUCAACCAUCCUCUCUGAGCAUAUUAAAACCUUAAAUGGCAUUUGCGCACUACUGCAGCAUCGAAUGUUUCCUUAAAACCGGGAAACAACUAGAGGAGCUUCUUCUUCAACUCGUUAUUGGAUUGCCUAUUGCCACUAUUCUCCAGAUCCGCUGUCGUUUUAGUCAGUUCUCUCCACAUUAACCUCUCCACUAGUCUAGUUGAAACUGGUGAGAAGCUUUCUUAGUGAUUGUAAAAACAAUGGUCUCCUCCUCUCAGUCUCACCUUCCUGUCUCCAACAAAACCCACAAGCAGCAGUAUUUCUCCCUCAGCCCUUCUUCGGCUUCAGUCUUGAAAGAUGAUGUUGAACUUGAUUUCUCUGAUGUUUUUGGCCCUCUCCCUGAAGAGGCCGGGGACGUUGCCUUCGACGAGCCUGCUGUUAUCCACACUCGUUCCCACUCUUUGGUUGGCCCGUCUUCGGUUGGGAGUCAUUCUUUCAAGCUCAGCAAGCUCACCUUACGAGAGACUAAGGACUCUGUUGACUCUGGUAGUGACGACACUGACAGCGAUGGACCUCAAGAGGAAGAUCUGGUGGUGAAGGUCUCUGGUGUGGUUGGACUUGAUGAUUUCGAGGUUAUGAAAGUUGUAGGGAAAGGUGCGUUUGGGAAAGUCUACCAGGUGAGGAAGAAGGAGACGUCCGAGAUAUUCGCCAUGAAGGUCAUGAGAAAAGAUAAGAUCAUGGAGAAGAACCAUGCCGAGUACAUGAAAGCUGAGCGUGACAUCCUAACCAAGAUUGAUCAUCCCUUCAUUGUUCAACUUAAAUACUCUUUUCAGACUAAGUACAUGCUCUAUCUUGUGCUCGACUUUAUAAACGGAGGGCAUCUAUUCUUCCAGCUCUAUCACCAAGGACUGUUCUGGGAGGAAUUGGCCCGUGUCUACACUGCAGAGAUCAUCUCUGCAGUUUCUCAUCUCCAUGAGAAAGGCAUAAUGCAUAGAGAUCUCAAACCUGAGAACAUUCUCAUGGACGUUGAUGGCCACGUGAUGCUAACUGAUUUCGGUUUGGCUAAGGAGUUUGAAGAGAACACGAGAUCAAACUCAAUGUGUGGGACUACUGAGUAUAUGGCACCUGAAAUCAUUAGAGGAAAAGGGCAUGAUAAAGCUGCUGACUGGUGGAGCGUUGGGAUACUUCUCUAUGAGAUGCUCACAGGAAAGCCACCGUUUAUAGGGAGCCGAGGAAAGAUAGAGCAGAAAAUUGUAAAGGACAAGAUCAAGCUUCCAAAGUUUCUGUCAAGUGAAGCUCAUUCCUUGCUGAAAGGGCUGCUGCAAAAAGAGCCAGAGAGGAGACUUGGAAGUGGACCAAGCGGAGCAGGGGAGAUAAAAGAGCACAAAUGGUUCAAAGGAAUGAACUGGAAGAAGCUGGAGGCGAGAGAAGUGAAGCCAAGUUUCAAGCCGGAGAUCUCGGGAAGACAGUGCAUAGCGAAUUUUGACAAGUGCUGGACUGAGAUGUCUGUGUUGGAUUCACCAGCAAGCAGUCCGAGCUCGGAUCCUAAGGUCAAUCCUUUUACCAACUUCACUUAUGUGAGGCCUCCUCCAUCAUUCCUUCAGCAGUCCACAUCGAACCUGUAGAAGAACAACUAUAUUGAAGAGAGAGAGAUGACUACCUAUCCAAGAGAGAACCUAAUGAUUCCUUUUUAUAUAUCAAAAACCUAUUAUUUUAAGAAAUGAGCUGCUUGAUCCAUAUUUAAGUAAAAACUUUGUAGCAUAAUGUUUGAUAUGGCCAUAAAUCAUUGAAUAAUUGUUGAAUAACGA